AUGAUAUGGAGCUAUUAUCUAUCACGCUACCUACUUUUUUUAAUAUUCCCCUCAGUUUCGUCUCCGCCUCUAGAGUUAGCCCUCCAAUGGACUAAUCAGAAAGGCGCCAUACUGGAAAAUGGAGUCUAUGAGAGCUCUCUUGAGAAGUACAGUCUCGAUACGUACGAGGAGGGAGAAAUUGGCGUGCUUUCAACAUACGGAAGCUCCGUGAUUAAGAGACUACAUACAUUUUGGGAGUCCCUGAUUCAAAAAAUGAGCCCUCAGCCUGAAACCUCAAUGGCCUGGCCAAGAUACUACCAUAUUGCGUCAGAAGCUCUUCAGUCAUUCUCGGUGCCUGAAGCUAAGAAGUUGGCCAGAACCGUCCUGGCAUUGGGACCCGAAUUUUCUCAUUAUCGCAAUCAUCCUGAACUCUCUGAAGAAAAAAUCAGGUUGAUAAUCAAUCUUACUCGUCAUGUCCUUCAAAAUGAUUCGCUUAUGGCAGCAGAGAGGAUUUGGGCUUUUGGGAUUUUUUUACACCUUAAACGUCAAAUUAAAGCAGAUAAAAUUGAACCAAUCCCCACAAUCUGGGAAGAAAAAGGCAUGAACAGACCGCGCGAAGAAUAUCUAUCAUUUUUUCUGAAAGGCAAGGAUGUAGAGGAAUUGGUUCAAGAGAUGUGGUCAGGAUUUCCUUCACAAGUUGAGCCUGGAGACCGCGUUAUUCAGGAAGCGAUACAAAGGGAGUCAUCCAUACACCUCAUAAAAAAUCAAGAAAAAGCGGUGUCUCAUCAGCCAUCAACCCAACUACAGACUCUUCUUCUUGAUUUUAUGAAUUUAGAGACUCCAAUCAGUUCCGACAAGGCUUCGAUAUUACUUGAAAGGAUUUGGCGCCAACUUGAUGAACGCGUCAAGCAGAAAGAGAUCUUGAGUGCGCUUGAUGAGACCAAAAAUUUGGUCCGCUUGUUAAUGCAUUUAGAGGAGUACAACCACGCAAGCAGUGUCAAGUUUGAGAGAUCAAUGAAAGAACUCUUGAUGACAAACGAAAAACUUUGGGAUACGAUUUUCCAUACUGACAUAGUUCUCCAGCUUGAGGACGAGAGAUUACUUCCUGAAUUCAAGACCAUCUUGAGGGAUUUUACGAAUACAGUCGGAAUGGACAGACAACAACUUUUCAAGGUCUUGGGCGUCUUACACCAUCAACCGGUAUCGUCGUCUCAACUUGCAAGAUUUUUCAGAGUGGUCAACUUGGUAUUUAGGAGAAAUCCAGGGGUUUAUGAUAUGCUGGAUCUUGCUCUCAACCAGCAUCCAGAAAUGAUCUCAGCUCUCUCAGAGAUGACACUCAGAUAUGGUCAUGGAAACGUGAACCCGCAUUGGCCUGGCUCAGAUGAUCUCCGGUACUUGAUUUUCAGGAAACAGGAAGAUCAAAUGGCAUCGGAUCUCAGAAACAGACUCGCUAAAAUUUUGAUUCACCAAGGGAUACUUUCAGAAGUUGAAACUGGGAGACGGUUAGAAGAAAUGAAAUGGGACUUUUGCGGAUCAAGAAAAAAAUCUGUGACUCGAACUUUAUAUACUAUCUUCAACAAGAUCUUGACUAACCCUGAUUUUGAGCGAGACUCAGAUCUGAUGGAAUACAUUUUGUACCUCAUUUCACUAAAGAAUGAUGAUGCAAAGCUUUAUCGCCAUCUAAUCAAUAAAGAAAGUGGAGUAUUCGAAAGACUAUUGAAAGCAGUUUCCAAAUUUUCUCAAGCUCCCUCUUGGAAUAAGCAAGGGACGCUAGACGAGUUUGAAAUCGCUCUUAAACGGCUUGAAAAGGUGACGCUAAGUCCUUUUAGCUCAGUUAAUAAGGGCUCCUUGAUUGAUGGUUGA